UGAUAGCUCCGCCAUCUUGAAAGUCCGAACUGAUGGUCUGUUUUUUUUUUCCCGCUUGCAAAACCUGCUGUAAACCAUUUAUUUUCUAGUAAGGGUUUUAUUUUUCAAUUUGUUCACGUUCGAAACAAUCACAGUGGAAGUUUUAAAAAAGUCUAUGUCGGGAAGUGUCCAUUUACCGCUGUUUAUUGGUGCACGUUGACUUACUGGGCCUGCACCAGUUUUGCUGCUGUAGUGAGCUAUUCAAAGGGUUUCUUCUAUUGCUGCUGCUUAGAAAGCCUGUAAUGGGCAAGAACUCACAGAGAACACAAGUGUUAUUUUAUUUUUGAUUCCUGUUUUACGUUGAGGUUACUGAUUCGACCAGCACAACAUGUUCUGGAAGUUUGAUCUACAUACAUCGUCGCAUAUAGACACUCUUCUAGAGAAGGAAGAUGUCACACUUACAGAGCUUAUGGAUGAGGAAGAUGUCUUGCAGGAAUGUAAAGCUCAGAACCGCAAACUAGUAGAGUUCUUGCUGAAAUCACAAUGGAUGGAGGAUUUGGUAACCUACAUAACACAAGAACCAUCAGAGGACAUGGAUGAGAAAGUUAGAUACAAAUACCCAAACAUAUCCUGUGAACUCCUAACAUCAGAUGUAGCACAAGUCAAUGACAGAUUGGGAGAAGAUGAAAGCUUGCUAAUGAAACUCUAUGGGUUUCUACAGAACGAGUCCCCUCUUAAUCCUCUACUGGCUAGUUUCUUUAGUAAGGUGCUGAGUAUUCUUAUCAGCAGGAAACCAGAACAGAUUGUGGAAUUCCUUCGGAAGAGAGAGGAUUUUGUGGACUUAAUGAUUAAACAUAUAGGGACCUCGGCUAUUAUGGAUUUGCUGCUCAGAAUGUUGACAUGCAUAGAACCGCAACAGCUUAGGCAAGAUGUUUUAAAUUGGCUAAAUGAGGAAAAAAUUAUUCAAAGGCUUGUAGACAUUAUACAGCCAUCUCAGGAUGAAGAUAGGCACUCGAAUGCAUCACAGUCAUUAUGUGAAAUCAUUCGCUUAAGCAGAGACCAGAUGUUCCAAGUACAGGGCUGCACAGAACCAGAUCCUCUGCUGGCCACACUGGAAAAGCAAGAAACUGUUGAGCAGUUACUGUCCAACAUCUUUGACAAAGAGAAAAAUGAGUCUGCAAUUGUCGGUGUCAUCCAGAUACUGUUGACACUUUUUGAGACUCGAAGGCCUGCCUUUGAAGGUCAUUUGGAGAUUUGCCCACCUGGUAUGAGUCAUUCUUCAUUUUCAGUCAAUCAAAGUGUAUUGGAUGCCAUUAAGCCAAGGCUUAAACACUUCCAUGACCUGCUGCUUGAGCCUCCAAAGAAAAAUGUCAUGAAAACUACCUGGGGUGUUCUGGACCCACCAGUUGGAAACACUCGGUUGAAUGUGAUCAGACUAGUAGCAAGCCUUCUACAGACAAACACACAUACCAUAAACUUAGAGCUGAUUGAGCUGAACACAGUUGGAGUCAUAUUUGACAUGUACUUCAAAUAUAUUUGGAACAAUUUUCUUCAUGUACAAGUAGAAAUCUGUACUGCAAUGAUUUUAGCCAGCCCCCCAGCCCAAAAUGAAAGUACAGAAAUCAACAAAGAUACGGAACAACAGGAAUCAGUCAGAGAAAACGACCUAGUAAAACACUUGUUUCAGAAGUGCCAGUUAACCCAGAGAAUACUUGAUGCCUGGGAUUCAAAUGAGAAGGAACAAUCAGAAGGUGGAAGGCGGAGAGGGUAUAUGGGCCAUUUGACGAGAAUAGCCAAUUCUGUUGUGCAUAAUAUUGAAAAGGGGCCUAACAGCGCACUAAUACAGCAACUUAUUGCAGAUCUCCAGGGUGAUGUGCAGGAAAGAUGGGAAGGAUUUACAUCGGGUCACUUAGCAGAAACUAACAAGAAAAACACUGUAGAUUUAGUAAAUACCCACCACAUUCAUGCAUCUAGCGAUGAUGAGGUUGAUUUUAAAGAAAGUGGUUUCCAUCAGGAUUCAUCUUUACAACAAGCCUUUUCUGAUUAUCAGAUGCAACAAAUGACGUCCAAUUUUAUUGACCAGUUUGGCUUCAAUGACGAGGAGUUUGCUGAUCAGGAUGAUGUCGUAGAUAUUCCCUUUGAUAGAAUAUCGGACAUCAAUUUUUCCUUGAAUACAAAUGAUGGUGCAAACAUAGCUUUGUUUGAGGCAUGCUGUAAAGAGAGAAUCCAGCAGUUUGAAGAUGCUGGUUCUGACGAGGAAGACAUUUGGGAUGAAAAGGAUGUUACAUUUGCACCGGAAGCACAGAGGUGUCCCAGAAGUUCUGGAAGCACUGACAGUGAAGAAAGCACAGACUCUGAAGAGGAGGAUGCUGCUAAACGGGAUCCCUUUGAGCCCAACAGCACCAAUGCAGAUGACCGAAUGGAAGUUGACAGUGGUGAAGGCUCUGGUUGGACAGCUAAUUUUGACGAUGUACCAAUGGAUACUGGAAAUACAACUGCAGCAGUAAUAGUAGCUGCACCAGUAACUGCAGCAGGAGAUUCAUCUGGGUCUGAUGUAUGGGGUACAAGUCAAACAUUGCAAGGAAAAGAAUCUGGAUGGGCUAAUUUUACAGACUUUUCUUCCGAAGAAAGUCCCAAAGAUCCUUUAAGGAGCAGCUCUCCGGUGGCGAUGGAAACCAGCUCGGAGACUGCGGAUCCCCUUGGUGUGAAUGUACGAGCACCACCAGAAGAAUUAGAGAGGUGGCAAGAUGACUCUGGGCAACCAGAAGUCUUGCCCAAUGCAAAGAUGGAAGCCAGCUCAGAUGGGGAGGAGGACGACGAUGACGGAGGUGCAGACAGAAUAACCGAGACUGUCACCAACGGCUCGAUGAAGGAGACAGUUAGCCUUACUGUAGAUGCCAAAACAGAAACUGCUGUUUUUAAAAGUGAGGAUGAAUCGUCUGCCUCUGAAGAUUCUGUAAAAUACACAGUAACAGAGACUACAGAGACAGAGAAGACGGUUCCUACAUCACCGCAACCUGUCAGCAAUUGUCAAAAGCAGAGUUUACAGCACUUGGAAGAGAAGAUAAAAUCUCCAUCAAAUGAUACAUUAAAUGGCCCUCUUGACGUAAUGACAACGGAAGAAGCCAAAAUGGAUCAGAGAGUCCCUUCACCAGAGGCUGCAGUUAAUGGCCCAGCAUGAUCAGUGAUGCCCAUCUUCUGCUUCUGUCUCAGAAGCUUAUACCCAGGGGUUCUAGUAGGGUUCACUGGAGGCACACAGCCAGAGCCAGUCACUGCUGCACUAACUUCACAAGAUCAGGACCAGCAAUAUUCAUGUUAGAUUUUACAGACAGUUGUACAGAAAGUUUGAACUGUAUGAAAACUUACUCUAAUGGAUACAGAGAACCUUUUGCAUUUGUUUAUAUACUAUUCUUAUGGGAUGAUCUGUCUGAUAAAUAUCUUGCCACACAGGUUAAUAGUAAUGAUGCUAUAGGUAAAAAAGAUUGUAUGAAUAAAGUAUUUUAUAAAAAUGUAUACAGAAACCGGACAUGUAUAACUUAAUACAGCAAUUGGAACACUUAGUGUGACCAAUUGAGCAGUUUUCAUAUGGUUUUCUCUUGCACAAAUUCCAUUAUUUAAUUUUCUUCCAAAGUAAACCAACAACUUCUAUGAAAAUAGUAUGUUAAUCUACAAAUUAUUUUGGUCUCUUUUCUUGUAUUAAUCUGAUGAUUAGGAUAAACGUAUAAUUUAAAAUAUUCAACAAAGGGUUUUUGCUACAGGUAUUAUUUGUAAAUGUUUCUUGUAUCCUUUAAACAAGCAAGAUUUGAAAACAUUUUGGUAUAGUUUUUAACUUUAUUUAUUAUUGAAGUAGUUGAUGUGUUACAUUACUAAGAGCCAUAAGCUUGUUCUCUCCCAUUUUUGUUUUUAUAGUUUUAGUUUUUUUUACAAAAUUGACACUGGUGAAGACUGCAGAAUGGUUUGGAAUUGCAUGCAGCUUGUGAGCAGUGACUCACUUUAAUUACAAAUCACCUGAACAGUUGUUCCCAUUCACUGACUGACUAACCUUUAGAGUACCUGUGGGGAAAAUCUAUUCUCAUAGGAACCCAAAUUUAAAUUGUAGGUGGGGUAAUAUUCCUGAUUUAGCAAUUAAUUGUUAUUGUAUUAAAUUGGUAGGAGAAGCAGUCAGUGCCAACAUUUUUUAAAAACAAACUUUAGAGGAGUUCAAGUGGAUUAAGUAUUUGAAUUGUUUUUCCCGUUAUUUUUUUUUACAUCAGCAGUGAUCCUUUUUUUGUUUAAAGCUCAGCCUCUGGCAGGCCACCUUGUGUAACUUGUUUAAUUUCUUUAUGACCUGAUAAUGGUUUGGUGAACAAAUAUAAUUACAAAAUCCCAACACUG